UACCAGAAGAAAAGGUAGAGAGAAAGACCAAUGCUCACAGCCUUUGCAGUCAACGCGCGUUCCCAGAUUUUCGCGUUUGUAACCGUCCCAACACUCCGUUUCCGCCUCCGUAUAAAUACAUUACGACGUCAAUCUUCUUCUCUUCUUCCUCCACAAGCUCACAGUGUGCUGUAUAUACAGGAUGAUCUAGAAGCUGAGCCUGAGGUCUUGCUCGAUCCCAACACUCUCAGUGAAGAUGGAACAGUGUCACUAAACACGUUUAGUAUAAGCGAGGAUGCUAAGUACUUGGCCUAUGGUCUUAGCUCGAGCGGUAGCGACUGGGUGACGAUUAACGUGAUCAAGAUCGAUGAUAAGAAAGUGGAGCCUGAUACUUUAUCAUGGGUUAAGUUCAGUGGGAUCACAUGGACGCACGAUAGUAAAGGUUUUUUCUACGGUCGUUACCCUGCACCCAAGGAUGGAGAGGGUAUCGAUGCUGGCACCGAGACGAAUUCGAAUCUUUAUCAUGAGCUGUACUACCAUUUCCUUGGGACAGAUCAGUCUCAAGAUAUCUUGUGCUGGAGAGAUCGUGAGAAUCCCAAGUAUAUGUUCGGAGCUGGAGUCACCGACGAUGGGAAGUAUCUAGUCAUGAGCACUGGAGAGGGUUGUGACCCUGUCAACAAGUUAUACUACUGUGAUCUCUCUUCGCUUUCAGGAGGUCUUGAGAGUUUCAGAGGAAGCAGCAGUUUCCUUCCAUUCAUCAAGCUUGUUGAUACAUUCGACGCACAGUAUGUUGUGAUUUCAAAUGAUGAGACUAUGUUCACUUUCUUGACGAAUAAAGACGCUCCUAAGUAUAAACUAGUCCGAGUUGAUCUAAAGGAACCAACUAGUUGGACUGAUGUUGUUGAAGAACACGAGAAGGAUGUUUUGGAAUCAGCGUGUGUGGUCAAUGGGAAUCAACUGGUCGUUUGCUAUAUGAGCGAUGUGAAGCACGUUCUUCAUAUCAGGGACCUGGAAUCUGGUUCUUUGCUUCACCAGUUAGAUGUAGAUAUUGGUUCUGUAUCUGAUGUUACUGCUCGGCGCAAGGAUAGUGCCUUCUUCUUUAGCUUUACUAGCUACCUCACUCCCGGUGUGAUUUACAAGUGUGACUUAGCUAGUGGAUCUCCUGAAGUUAAGGUGUUUAGGGAGGUUGCUGUGCCAGGAUUUGACAGGGAAGCAUUUCAAGCUACUCAGGUCUUUUAUCCGAGCAAGGAUGGAACAAAGAUACCAAUGUUUAUCGUGGCCAAAAAGGGUAUCAACCUAGAUGGAUCACACCCAUGUUUGCUGUACGCAUACGGUGGUUUCAACAUAAGUAUAACACCAUCUUUCAGCGCGAGUCGCAUCGUGCUCAGCAAGCAUCUAGGUGUUGUUUUCUGCUUUGCGAACAUUCGUGGUGGUGGGGAGUACGGUGAGGAAUGGCACAAAGCUGGUUCGCUUGCCAAGAAGCAGAACUGCUUCGAUGACUUCAUAGCUGGAGCAGAGUAUCUCGUCUCCGCUGGUUAUACGCAACCGAGUAAGCUUUGUGUCGAAGGUGGGAGUAAUGGUGGACUCCUGAUCGGUGCUUGUAUAAACCAGAGACCAGACCUUUUUGGUUGUGCUUUGGCUCACGUGGGUGUUAUGGAUAUGCUACGGUUUCACAAGUUCACCAUAGGCCAUGCGUGGACUUCUGACUAUGGUUGCUCCGAGACUGAAGAGGAGUUUCAUUGGCUGAUAAAGUACUCGCCUCUGCACAAUGUGAAGAGACCAUGGGAGGAGCAAUCCGAUAGUUUUGUUCAGUACCCAUCAACCAUGUUGCUGACAGCUGAUCACGAUGACAGAGUUGUGCCACUUCACUCUUUGAAGUUACUUGCGACGAUGCAGCACGUGCUGUGCACAAGCUUAGAGCAUAGUCCACAGACAAACCCCAUAAUUGGUCGCAUAGAAGUUAAGGCUGGUCAUGGAGCUGGUCGCCCAACCCAAAAGAUUAUUGAUGAAGCGGCGGAUCGGUAUUCCUUCAUGGCAAAGGUGGUGAAUGCUUCAUGGACCGAGUAAAAAAAGUAGGUACUCCUUACCUACAAGCAGGACCAAAUAUCUUUCCCAAAUUUGUUGUGUCCAAGACAAGGACUUUGUAUUAGUUACGAUACAAACAUAACAUCAAUCGUCUUCAAAAUGUUAUGUAUUAUGUACGGUAGCCCUUACAUUUAAAUGUAACUAGUGAAGCUUAGUCAUAACUCAACUUUGAACAUUUGAUGUGUAUGUUGCACUGUUCAAAUAGUGUUUUUGAGUUGUUAUUUGUUAACUGAAGAUU